AUGUCUAAGACAAAAUCCCCCAUUGAACUAUAUACCAAAGAAUAUUAUGCUGCUUGUACAUUAGGUGGUAUUGUUGCAUGUGGUCCCACACAUUCUUCCGUAACACCAUUAGAUUUAAUAAAAUGUAGACUACAGGUGGACCCGACACUUUAUAGAUCAAACACCUCAGGUAUCAUACAAAUUUUGAAAAAGGAAGGUCUGGGUAAACUUUUCACAGGUGUGGGUGCCACCUGUAUAGGUUAUUCGUUACAAGGUGCCGGUAAAUAUGGUGGUUAUGAAUUGUUCAAAAGACUUUACUCCACUCACCUAGUGAAGGAUGAAGCCACUGCCUAUAAAUAUAGAACUUCCAUUUAUUUACUAUCUUCUGCCACUGCUGAAUUCUUUGCUGAUAUAAUGCUUUGUCCCUUUGAAGCCAUCAAAGUGAAACAACAAACGACAAUGCCUCCAUGGUGUAAUAAUGUCAUUGAAGGUUGGAAGAAAAUGUAUGCUAAGGAGGGACUUAAUGGAUUUUAUAAAGGUAUUACACCACUUUGGUGCAGACAGAUUCCAUACACCAUGUGUAAGUUUACCUCAUUUGAAAGAAUUGUAGAAGCUAUUUAUGCAAGAUUACCUACCAAGAAGAGUGAAAUGUCCGCAUUACAGCAAAUCUCCGUCAGUUUUGUUGGUGGGUAUAUGGCAGGUAUAUUAUGUGCCAUUGUUUCUCAUCCCGCAGAUGUGAUGGUUUCCAAGAUCAAUAAUGAAAGAAAGGUGAAUGAGUCGAUGAAUGUUGCCUUAAAGAGAAUCUACAGUAGAAUUGGGUUUGUCGGACUAUGGAACGGGUUACCCGUGAGAAUCCUAAUGAUUGGUACACUAACAAGUUUCCAAUGGUUGAUAUACGAUUCUUUCAAGGCCUAUGUGGGGUUGCCAACCUCCGGUUAG